AUGCGGUUCCUCAACAUCACCACCCCCGUCUGCCUCCUCCUCGCCACUCUUUCUGCGACCGUAACCGCCUGCGACGGCUACCUCUUCUGCCAUUGCUAUAACUCCGACGGAAAGCCCAAUGACGUCGCGACCGAAACGGUCUGUAAUCGAUUCGCCAAAGGACAAUCAAAAAUGAUCGACGCCAACCAAUGGUCUGACGGUGCAAGGGAAUGUCGGUACGCUGGUCCCGAAUUCACUCCCUAUGAUCGCACCCGCCCCGGCGGUAACGUGAAGGCCUACGGCUUCGGUAACUGCGACUGGCGGGUGAUGUGCCAAGAAGCCGGAGCCACCGGCAAAGACUCCAGCUGCAGGGAUACACCGCCUGAAGGCCCCAAGAGCCUCAAUUCAAUUUAUAUCGUCGGGCACAACUAG